GGGUGCCGAGCCCCCGCGCCCCCCCCCCCGCGGGACCCCCGCCCCCCGCGCCCCCCCCCGGCCGGCGGCUCCCGUGGGAGGGCGGUCCCGCGUGGGGGGGGCGGCGCGGGGCCGGGGCGGGGGUUGGCGCGAGCUCGGCAUCCCCCCCCCCCGCGGCCGUGGUGGGCUCCGGGCACGCGUGGGCCGGGCCGGGCGGGGCCGCUUCCCGCAUCCCGCAUCCCGCACCCGGCUCUGCGCAUCCCGGCCCGGCCCUGCCAGCGCCCCCGGCCCAGGACCCCCAUGAAGGGUGAGACCCCUGUCAACAGCACCAUGAGCAUUGGGCAGGCCCGCAAGAUGGUGGAGCAGCUCAAGAUCGAGGCCAGCAUGUGCCGGAUAAAGGUGUCAAAGGCCGCAGCCGACCUGAUGACCUACUGCGACGCCCACGCCUGCGAGGACCCGCUCAUCACACCGGUGCCCACCUCCGAGAACCCCUUCCGCGAGAAGAAGUUCUUCUGCGCCCUCCUCUGAGCCCCGCAGACCCCCGCCUCCCUCCCCACACACAGGCAGAGCCCCCCGGACCCCCUCCUAAGCACAAGCACCCCUGGGGGGCCCAGUUCCCCCCCCCCCCCCCGUGGUAGCAACGCCAGCCCCCUCUCCUUGGCGGGCGGGCAGAUCACCCCCCACCCCCAUUGAGUGUGAUGGGGGAGCAGGGCCCAUGACCCAUGUAAAGAGCAGUGAUGGGAAUAAAGUCGAGGGGCACUGA